AUGCACCUCAGAUACGUGGCCUGGUUGGCGAUUGGCGCCGCCUUGCCAUCAGCUGCACUCAUCCGGUUCGGGUGUUCCCAGUUGACGGUAACGAGGCUUGAUCCUCUGGUCAACCCAGGAGUCAACCCAUCCCCUCAUCUGCAUCAGAUCGUCGGUGGCAACUCAUUCAAUGUAUCCAUGGAUCCAGUCACGCAUGACCUUCCAAGUCUGUCCACGUGCACGAGUUGCCAGUUCGCGGAAGACCUGUCUAACUACUGGACCGCCGUGUUGUUCUUCAAGGCUCAGAACGGAACCUACAAGCGGGUGCCAAUCCGCGGAAAUGUCGGGUUCGAAGGCGCCAACGGAGGAAUGACAGUGUACUACAUGCAAGACGGGCUAGCAGACUUUGAGCAAAAGAGCAGAGUCACUGCUUUUAGGCCGGGUUUCCGCAUGCUCGUCGGCGAUCAGGGAGCUCGUACACCGGAGAAGGCAGAGCAUUACCGCCAGCUGACCUACACGUGCUUGCAAGACUUAUACACUCGUUAUCCUGAGACCAAGAACUUCCCCUCGCAACCUUGUCCCGCUGGGAUCAUGGUCAAUGUCCGAUUCCCCACAACUUAG